AUGUGUUUCGGCAGCAAGGCCGACAAGGAUGAUAGUCCUGCCCCGCGUCCCGCGCAACGUCCUCCUUCAUUACAGCAACAAGACACCAAGAUGACCAGCAGCAAUCAGCAGCAGCCUCAAUACGCGCCGCCGGCUGGUCCGUCUCCGGGACAGAAUUCGGCCCAGCAGCAGUAUGCUCCUCCUUCCGGCCCGCCUCCGAGUCAACCGUACGCCGCCCCGAGUGGUCCGCCGCCAGGCCGUGCUGAUGAAUUUGCGCCUCCCUCGGGCCCGCCUCCGUCUCAUGGAGGGUAUGCGCCGCCAUCUGGACCUCCUCCCUCACAUCAGCAGAGCGAGUAUGCGCCGCCUCAGGGACCUCCGCCGUCCCACAAUGACUACACGGCUCCUCCUUCAGGCCCCCCGCCAUCAGAAUCGACAAAGCACGACUGGGAGACGGCGGUUCCCGAUACCACUCUCUUCCCACCGCCCCCAGCCUUCUUCAGCGGGUUUGAUCGUUCCCCUGCGAACAACUCUACCGAGCAGGAGUCUGAAGCAGGUGAGGCCUGGGUGGCCCAAUACCCUCUUGUCCAGCCCAUCGACCUUGACGCUAGUGCUUUGGAGGCUCUGCGCACACACAGGAUAUGGCUCCUCCAGCCUCAAGGAUUCCGCGGUACAAUGGCUCAGCCCGUCUCGGGUAGGUGGGAGGUCACGACGCAAAGGAAUGCCCCCGACAGCACCAUCAUCGGCUAUCCGCCUCUAUACUCGGUCAAGCACAAUUCGCCUCUCGCCACCGGCAAGCCCUUCAAGGUUUACUAUGAGGUCAAGAUUCGCGGAUCCGCAAGUGAGGUAGACCUCGCUCUUGGCUUCACCGCGCUGCCGUAUCCCAACUUUCGUCUCCCCGGAUGGCAUCGCGGCAGUCUUGGUGUUCACGGCGAUGACGGACACAAGUACAUCAACGAUAGAUGGGGCGGCAAGUCAUUCACAACACCCUUCCAACCCGGCGAGACGCUAGGUAUCGGCAUGAUCUUUACGGCUCAGGGCGGCAGGAUGAACGUUGAGAUUUUCUUCUCGCGAGACGGUAGACUGGACGGGAGCUGGAACCUGCAUGAGGAGGGUGACUCUGAGCAAGAUCUGCCGGUUAAUGGACUUGAGGGAUACCAUGAUCUGAGUUGCGCCAUUGGCACAUUCUCCAAGAACGAGUACGAUAUCAUCUUUGACCCGAAGUUGUGGAAGUACAGGCCUUGA